AUAUUACAGGUGAAUUUUGGUGUUUAUCAGGAUGAGACCCUAGGAGCUUCUGUGACCAUCAAAUGUCCUUAUUAAAGUUCAGAUCAUGUCGAUAUAUUUGGCUUUUUUGUUCAUGACAAUCAGCAUUAUCAGAUUGAGCCUGUAAGGUCAAUGUACCGGAAACGUCGUUUCGACGAGGAAGUACCUUCACAAGAAUUGCAUUUUGGGUAUAUCCGGCAUCGAAUCAGACGACAAACAUAUCCCUAUGGAGAUUUUGCAGGGGACGAAUUACUUCCGCCACCCGACAGUUCAGGGCUUAACGGAGUUGUAGAAAUUCCUCCAUUUCCGGGAAAACAUUUAUCAGCAAACGACGGAUCUGCUCCAAUAAUGGAACUGCAAAUGUUAAAACCUCAGGACCGCAUAUUUGGGACAACCACCGAAAAGUUCGAGAGUGACGUGUUACUACCGAGUAAGUAG